ACUUUUCCCCAUUCCCUGCUCAGUCCAGUUCUCCACCCAAACAGAGCAAGAGCAGGAAAACUCCCAAGAAGAAGAAAGAAGGGGAGGAAGCAGAUAAGCGGAAUCAGGAAGGGGAAAUGGCGGAAUCGAACUCGUACGAGGAGCAGCGCCGGAGGCAGAUUGAGGAGAACCGCCGGAAGCUGGACGAGCUCCGCCUGCAUCACCUCUCCGCCGCCGUCCGCGAGGCCGCCGCCAGGCCCAAGCCCAACCCCAAACCGAAGCCGAAGGCCCCGCCCCCCGGCGAGCUCCGGCGGUCCGGCCGCGUCGCCAGCCUCCCGGAGCAGCCCAACUACCUCAAGGGCGCGCAGCAGCGCGACUACCAGGGACUGUACGCCGAUGUUAUUUGGAAAGGGCCGACCGACGAGGAGAGGGCCACCGCCGCCGCCAAGGCCGAGGAGCUCCAGCGCCAGAUUCACCGCAUCCGCUGGCCCGCCUUCGUCAAGCCCAUCACCCACGCCUGCGCCAGCAGGGCAUACUUUAUGACUAUCCCGAAGCAAUCCACCGAGUACCUCCCGGUGCACGAUGAGCCAGUCGUCGUGGUGGAUGAGGCGGAUGACGAGUCCCACAUGAUGUACAAUGCCAGCAGACAGGGCAGGCACUGCUACCUCAGCAAGGGGUGGAGAGAGUUUGCCGUCGACUAUGACCUUGAAAAUGGCGAUUGCUUGGUUUUCCAGCUGAUAGAGAGCGCAAAGUUCAAGGUCUACAUUUUUAGAGCAAGCCCAGACUAUGAGAGCGACGAAACUUCCGAUGACUCUGAGGAUGAACAGAAGUGAAGAUGUGUGCUUCCAAUACAAUGUUAGAUCGGAGGGCAGUUUGUUAGAGAAGCAAUUUCUUCGAUGAGGCUGGAGACUCGGCUAAUGCAGUUUCGUGCUGGUUGCGUGUAGAGUCGCCGCACUCUCGGUCUCAGUGUAGCAGGAUUUUUAACCUAGAUAGGUGUAGUAGGUAGCAGAUCGCGGUGCAGACCUUGUAUGGGUUGAACAAUGAACCAAAUGCUUCUAGCCUGAUGAUGAUGGUCUCGAGUGCAUUUUU